AUGGAGGAACCCAAGAAUUUCUGGCAGUUUUCGAUACUGCCAAAGGAGCUCCGGACCAUGAUCUGGCGAUUCGCCAUCUUCAACGAAGCGGAAACUCCAGGCGUCCAGUUCUUUACCCUAUAUCCCAGAGACGGUUACCUGUGUGAUUGCAUGCAAUGUGUGGACGCUGACCUGCUUCACCGCUGCGCCUACAUCCGAAGUUACGACAACUCAAAACGCAUCCCGCAAAUCCCAGGUGUGCAGCCGCCGCCGCCCAGGGAGUCUUUCCUCCGCAAAGCACGCUAUGGCAGAUCACACGACCUCGCGCAGAGAUAUCUGAACGGGGUCGCUGCUCGUCCGGGCAACUCCAAUCCUGCACUCGCCAUCCAUGAGUCUUCCGCCGAGCACCAGGCGCGGGUGUACUCCCAGUCCUUCAGUGCGGCGUUCGAGGAGGGCCUGGCCAAGACGGUACCAGACUUCGAGCACCGGCGGGACAGCAUCCUGCGAAUGGCAUCGGAGGACCCGUCGCAAUUCCCAGAGGCAUGCGAGCACGCCUAUGCAUUUGCUGGCGAGAGCCUCAAGGCGCACGCUUCCUCCCACCAUGCCGUGGGGUCCCAGGCUCUGGGCGUCCGUUCCAUCGUCGACACCGACAACGCCUGGUUCAUGAACCAUGACUUGUACCGCAUGGGACGCUCCGCCUACGAGAUCAACGACGCGUUGUACCACGCCUGCUCCGAGUCGAAGCAGGUCGUCAGCCGCUGGAGGGCCAAGCGACGUGCCGCCACGAUGGACGACGUCGACGAGUUCGCGUUCCAGGCCACCGCCAAUGGGCCGGGCCGGGACCUGACGGAGCUGUUCUGGAACCCGGCCAAGGACCUCAUCUGCCUGCGGCCGACGCGGAACCGCUCGGGCGGCCUCGCCGUCGCCCUGGGCGACCUGUGCCACAUCCCGCACGUCGACCUGCAGCGGCGGCGGUCGCCCGACGUCGCCUUUGCCGUCGAGUUCGACCCCUGGUGGCGCAACACGGGGCCCGCGCUGCCCUCGAUCAAGGCCGGCCUGCGCGACCUGGCCGGCUUCAUCUCCAAGUACGGCGCCGGCCGCCAGCAGCGCGCCAUGUACUUCAUCGACUGGCGCGUCCGGCUGCGGCCCGGCGUCCACCCGGCCCAGCUGCCCCCGCCCCUGUACGAGGGCGCCGGCUCCAGGUUCUACAGGGCCGACGUCGGGCCGGGAUAUUUUGAGACCCCGCCGGCGGACAUCUGCGACUUGAUCUGCGAGCUGACGGCUUCGGGCCCGGUAUCGCGAAGGGUUGACGUCUAUAUUCUGGCGGCCGUCAAUAUCAACUGA